ACGUGACGCCACCGGAUGCAAACCUAUUUAUAUUCUCUCCUUAAUUCCCCUUCCGUCUCGUCCGCCUCCUCCUCCCCGUCCCCUCUCUCCGAGCUGCAGCCCGCCUCGCCAUCGUUACCUCCCACGCAAACCCUAAGCCUAGGCACCGCCGCCGCCAUGGCCAGCGGCAACGUGUCCACCGUCUACAUCUCCGUCAUCGACGACGUGGUCGCCAAGGUUCGUGAGGACUUCAUUACCUACGGCGUUGGUGAUGCCGUCCUCAACGAGCUCCAGGCUCUCUGGGAAAUGAAGAUGCUGCACUGUGGCGCAAUCUCAGGGAACAUCGACCGCAACAGGGCUCCCCCCGCUUCCGCUGGAGGCGCUCCUGGUGCCGGCGCGACCCCACCCGUGCACGACCUCAACGUGCCCUACGAGGCCACGUCCGAGGAGUACGCCACCCCAACCGCCGACAUGCUGUUCCCACCGACGCCGCUGCAGACCCCGAUCCAGACACCACUUCCAGGGAUUGAUACAGGGAUGUAUAACAUACCCACGGGUCCGUCGGACUAUGCCCCAUCGCCGAUCAGUGACAUGAGAAACGGGAUGGGGAUGAAUGGGUCUGAUCCAAAAACUGGCCGUCCAAGCCCUUACAUGCAACCUCCAUCGCCCUGGAUGAAUCAGAGACCACUGGGGGUUGAUGUGAACGUUGCUUACGAGGAGAGCCGUGAGGACCCAGACCGGAUGAUGCAACCUCAGCCACUGACUAAGGAUUUUCUGAUGAUGUCUUCUGGAAAACGGAAGAGGGAUGAAUAUCCUGGUCAGCUUCCUUCUGGUUCAUUUGUGCCACAACAGGAUGGAUGUGCAGACCAGGUUGCCGAAUUUGUGGGGUCAAAGGAUAACGCACAACAGGUGUGGAAUUCCAUCAUGAACAAGCAAGAAUCAGUAACAAAGACACUUUCCAUCGAAGAAAGCACAAUACCACCAGUUCUUCCUCAACGGGACGGGAUACAAGAUGAUUAUAACGAUCAGUUUUUCUUCCCAGGAGUUCCAACCGAAGACUACAAUACCCCUGGGGAGUCUUCGGAAUAUCGAACUCCCACACCUGCUGUUGCAACACCAAAGCCAAGAAACGAUACGGCGGGUGGUGAUGAUGAUGAUGAUGAUGAACCUCCUCUUAAUGAAGAUGAUGAUGACGAUGACGAGAUAGAUGACUUACAGGAUGGCGAUGAGGAACCUAACACGCAGCACCUUGUCCUGGCACAAUUCGACAAAGUAACAAGGACAAAGAAUCGCUGGAAGUGCACUUUGAAGGAUGGAAUCAUGCAUUUGAAUGGCAGAGAUGUUCUAUUCAACAAGGCUUCAGGAGAGUUUGAUUUUUGAAUUUCAUGGUAAAGAUGAUAUUUUAGGUGCCUGCUGUAUCUACUUGUCUUAACAUAAGGAAGGGAAGGUGACAAAAGGCUGGUGCUGUGGCGAGUUUGGCACUAUGAUCAUGUGUCGUGUUUUCCUGUUGAGGCUUGCUUCACCCAGUUGGUUUGUUUACCAUAACUCAUGUCACUGUAAAAAUGGUACAGUUGGGACGGUUGUGGAUAUUUUCUUGAGAUGCUCACUUAAAGCUGGUGGAACGAUCAUAUCUCAUAUAAA